AUGAUGCAGCAGACGUGCGUGCAGUUACGGCUGUUCUGUCGAUUGCGUCAUCCGUCGGCUGGCAGCAAAACCUCUUGUUUGAGUUUGAAAGCAAUGCGGAAGCGAGUUAAGGCGAGGUUAGGCUUGGCGCACAAGAACUGCCGACCGACCUGCCGUGCGACCAACGAUGACGUCGCCAAUGUAUCGUUGGGCAUAAGCCCUGUCUUUCAAGUGCCUGGCCAAUCAAAUGGAGCCUGCAAGGGCAUGGUCGAAUGGAAUCAGCCGAAAUCUUCCAGUACCAACACAAUGAACAGCCGCGGCAAAACCUGCGACGCCAAGCUACCGUAA